AUGACAUCUACACCACACAAUAAUUACGAUUUCAUAAUUGUAGGAGCUGGCCCAGCCGGACUAUCCCUCGCAGCACGCCUCUCGUCAGCUCCUUCUCAUCCAUCCGUCCUCCUCAUUGAAGCAGGAGGUCCCAACAAUGACCAAGAAUAUCUUAUUCCUGCUGAACGCUUUACUCUCUUUGGCACUCAACCCUCUUUGAAUUGGGGAUAUAAGACAGAGCCCUGCUCUCAUCUAGGAGGUCAACAAAUUGAUUAUUCACGGGGAAAAGGAAUUGGUGGUAGUACCGCUAUAAACUUUUCCUGUUGGGUAAUCGGGGGAGCGGAAGAUUUUGACGCCUGGGCUGAAAAGGUUGAUGAUGAUACAUGGUCAUGGACGCAUGUUAAAGAACGCCUCAAAAAAAUCGAACAUUACCAUGAUGAGGUUCCAGACCAAUAUCGCGAAUUUGUGAAUCCAAAACCAGAAGAUCAUGGAACCGAGGGGCCACUUCAUCUUUCUUACGCUCCUGUUUGGGAAAAGGGUUUGACAGAUGUCUAUAUAGCAGCUAAACAAGCUGGAUUGCCGUUGAAUACUGAUAUAAAUUCUGGGAAUCCAAUUGGAAUGGGUAUGGGCUCUUCUUGUAUGCAUGAUGGGCUGAGAACAACUGCUUCGUCUUAUUUACCAUUAAUGGGUCCGAGAUUCGAAACUAUCCUCAACGCCCCCGUUGCGAAAGUCCUAUUUAAUGGAAAGAAAACGAUAGGUAUCAGAACAAUUGAUGGUCGAGAAUACUAUUCCCGUAAAGAUGUCAUCUUAUCAGCCGGUGCAUUGAAUAGUCCUCAACUUCUUCUCCUUUCUGGAAUCGGUCCUGCUUCCGAACUCAAGGAACACAAUAUACCAAUCAUCAACGAUCUUCCGCAAGUAGGAAAGAAUCUUCAAGAUCAUUGCUUUUCUACCACAACCCUGUUACUGAAAGAAGGAUCAAAUGAUCGCAUGGAAUUUGAAAUGAAUGAAGAGAUGAAGAAAACUGCAAAGGAAGGUUGGAUUAAAGAUAAGAGUGGAAAGUUGGCCGAAUUAUAUUGUGGUGUUCCAAUGGGAUGGUUCAAGAACGAGAAAGUUUUGGAAUCAAAAGAAUUUACUGAUUUAUCGGAGGAUAAAAAGGCUUUUUUGAGGCAAAAGAAUGUUCCUAUUUUCGAAAUUGCUACGCACGUACCUCCCCUUUUCACAGGCACCCACGUCCUCUCCCCAACAGAUUCCUACCUAACCUGUCUCUCCUUCGUCAUGAACCCUCAAGCAACAGGCAGCGUCACACUUUCUUCUGCCGACCCCUCUGUACCACCGAAGAUUGACGCGAAUCUAAUUAACCAUCCGUAUGACCGACGAGUUCUUAUUGAAGCAGUAAGGAAAACGAUGGAAUUUUUAGAUACACCUGUUUUUAAAGAGAAGACUGUUAAAAUGAUUGGAGUUCCCGAGGGUGGCGUUGGAGCGAGUGAUGAAAGUAUCUGGGAACACUGCCGUAACAAUCUCUUCAGCAGUUGGCACAUGUGCAGUACAGUCCGCAUGGGUAAAGAUAAAGAUGAGAGUACAGCAUGUGUAGAUACGAAUUUUAGGGUAUUGGGUGUGGAAGGACUGAGAGUGGUGGAUUUGAGUGUGCUUCCACUUUUACCUAAUAAUCACACACAAUCAACAGCAUACUUAGUGGGUGAAACUGCAGCCGAGAAGAUGAUUGAAGAAUAUGCAUUGAAUUCACCUGGUACUGCUUCUACUCGGAGGGAUGCUGGGGGAAGUGGUGAGUUUAGGUCCAGUCUUUAA